GAUAAACAUUGGAAAUGCAAAGUUGCUACAUAUGGAAAGUGAUGUUGGAUUAGUUGGAAGUGAAUUUAAUUGUGGAUAUGUUAUAUUUGAAAUACCAUCAAAUUUGAUAUUAUAUAAAGUUAGACCUUCAAUAUGGCUCCCAACAAUUAUGAUUGCUUGGGGAAUAACAGCAUCAUUUAUGGCUUUUGUAAAAUCAUAUACAGAACUUUUGUUCACACGUGCUCUCUUGGGAGUUUUCGAAGCAGGUCUGCUUCCUGGAAUAGUUUAUUAUUUUACUAUAUGGUAUAAAAGAUACGAACAAGGUUUUAGAAUAGGAAUAAUUAUGUCCUCAAUAUCAAUUGGUGGUGCUUUUAGUGGAUUAUUAGCUUAUACAAUUGCAAACCUUACGGAUGACGAUUCACCUUUAAAAGGAUGGCAAUUGGUAUAUUUUAUAAUUGAUGGUUUAGGUUCCAUUAUAGUUGCUAUUAUUGCAUAUUUUAAUAUCACUGAUUAUCCAGAAGAAGUCAAGUGGCUUAACGAAGAAGAGCGGUCAUUGGCAGUUUUAAGGUUAAAACUUGAUGAUGCACCAGCUUUAUCUGAUCGUACGAAUCUUCGUGGUCCUUUUUUAAUGUUAUUUGCCUCAAUUGGGGUCGUGGAAUACAUAAUUAUUUUGUAUUCUGAAAAUAUGAAGGUGAAAUAUAUAGCAACUUGUAUUAUAUCAAUAGGUAUAGCUCCAUGUAGUGCUAUUGCUAUUAUAUGGCUGUCAAACAACCUGUCACCACCGCUAAAGUGUAACAUAGGUGUUGCAAUGAUGAUUAGUUGUGGUAACUGCGGAGGUAUAAUUGCCACUCAAAUAUAUCAUUCUGUAGAUUACCCUAAUUACGUGCUUGGUCAUACUAUUGCAUCAAGUACUUUAUUAGCAGCCGCUUGUUUGAGCGCAAUCCAGUAUGUAAUGUUAGGCCGACUUAAUGAGUUGAAAAGAAGGAAAAAAAUUAGCAUUAAAGCUUCUAUUGAAGAAGAUGAAAAGGAAUUAGGUGAUAGACAUUAUAACUUUAAAUAUACUUUGUAA